AUGUCUUCCCUUCUUAUCAUAGGUUUUUUCGCGCUCGCUUCGGGCAGACGCCUUGCGAUCACAAAGCCUGGUGCUAAGUCCAGAACUUGGUAUUGUUACUAUUCCACCACCAUCCAGACCUCUACAGGCAACAUACUUCCUGCGGACCUUCGCAUCUACAGCCCAAUCAACGACGUCGUUCAUCCUGACAACACCAUUGCUUUUGUUAUCGCAAAGGCUUAUAUUCCUCCCAACGACACCACUUUCCUCGAUGUCCUACACUUGGCCAUCUGCCCUGGUGACCCCUCCAGCGUAGUGUUUGAAAGUCCAGUUCGGUCCGGUUUUUUGAUGCCCAGGGGCGUUAACCGUAACCGUAACCGGUCUGCCUUUUCCCCAGAAGUCAAAAGACCAGACCGGACCGCAAAAAGACCACAGACCGCGGUUUUUUGCGGUCUAUAGACCAGUUUCGGUCUGCAUCAGUUUUAACCGGUUUAUGACCGGUCUUUAGGCCAAUAUUUUAAAAUUAUGAAUCGGUAAAUUUAUUAACAUCUCUAAUAGCUUCAAAACGAGCCCAAGAACGUUAAAUCCCGUUAGGUAUUGGUGCUUCUAUAAAAUAAGUCUGGUACAUCUAUUAUUCCCAAAAGUAAUUUACA